UGGUGUCAUUUGCAGUGGUUAAAUGCGUUGUGUAUGGAUAAAGUAGAGGCUUAGAUGAAAUGUAUUAGAUCAUAUUAGAUGAUAAAUAGUUGUCUUAGUUUAUUUUCUGUGUGUGGCUUGCCACUGACCCUCAGUUCUGUUUGCCAACGCGAUGCUGACAUGCGUUACGAUAAUUGAUGCACAGUCAUCUCGCUAUUUACCAUGGAUAUCGCUGAAAUGUUUAAUUAAUUUCUUUUGUAGUAGAAGCUGGAAACAAAAUUAGAUGUUUCAGCUGGUGGUAGUUGAUGUCACCGUGUCAUGAUGCCAUCGCGGAAUAAUGCAGCUGCUGGAAUUCCCAGUAGCAAGGUGAAAUACUCCAAGCUUAGCGACACUGAUGAAGGUUAUAUUGACCUGCAGUUUAAAAAGAGUCCACCAAAGAUUCCUUACAAAGCCAUUGCACUAGCUGCAGCACUGUUCUUGAUUGGUACCGUGCUUCUCAUUAUAGGAGCUCUGCUUCUUGCAGGACGUUUUGAUUCUCAGCAAAAUGACAAAGCUUGGCCUCUUCUGAUCAUUGGAAUCUUGGUGUUUUUACCUGGAUUUUAUCACCUGCGCAUCGCAUACUAUGCUGCAAAAGGUUACCGUGGAUACUCCUUUGAUGACAUUCCAGACUUUGAUGACUAAAGGGAAAAUGAUUGCUUCAUUUCUUUUUUUCAUUUUACCCCAUGUGUUACAGAAAGCUAGAACAUGAUAUAUGUUAAGCUCAGAGAUUUAUGCAGGAAAAUUAAACUUUGGUUUGCAAGACCUCCAGGGGAUAGUGACAAGAUAGUACAUCUGAACUUAAUGUUUGCAGUUUUAAAGUAACCUUUUCCUCAUACAGAAGGUAAAGACUGGUAAGCAUGCAUUUCACUCUGUAAAGGAGACAUGUUAGCAAUAAAAUUAUUGAAGAUGAUAGAUGUUGCUGAAUUAAAAUAAUGCAUUUAUUUGUGAGAGAUAAAAUGGUAAUAUAUAGGCCCCCCUUAAAAUAUGAAAGAUCAAAGAAAGCAGUGGAUUGGACUUGAACCAUAGCUUAAGUAAGAUCCAUAAUUCUGAUGAUACAUACUUGUAGAUGGCAGUCUGCCUCAUAGUGUACACAGAAGAUGAUCUUUGCAUACUUAAAUGCAACUGGACUGAAACAUUUGCCACCUGCAGGAGAAAACUGUUUCCAUGUGGCAUGGCUUAUUAAGCACAAAUGUUGUACAGGAAAUCAACGUCAAUUGAUUCAGCUACCUGCUAAAAGAGGUGGUAAUAGAAAAGUCACUUUGCUCCAUCUGAUGAACUGACUAUAAGGUUCUUUUGGUCUAAAGCACUUAGUAGUCCUAAUUAAUAUAAACAGUAAAUAUGCAAGUAUGAGCUAUGUUGUUCUGCAGUAAAAACGAAGGUGGUAUAGUAAUAUGCAUUUGUGUUCUGAAUGUAAAGUAGGACAGCACAGAUGAAUAUAAUACAGCAGUUUAUCACAUUUCUGUCCUUGUUAAGAGUUCUGCAAAAGAACAUUAAAUUUGGAGUUUUA